GAAUAUUUACUCUUUUAACCAAUCGUAAAAUCUCUUGUAAAACAAUUUCCAGGUUUUCAACCAAUCAUAAAAUUUGCUGCAAAUAUUUCAAAAACAUUGUACCGCGAGUUUCUAGUGAAAGCAAAACAAGAAUAAUUCACGAUAAAUAGUAUUCCAGAGAAAGACAUUGGUAUAUAAGAUACGCAAAAGUGCGGAGAGUAUUACUAUUUGAUUUAAUGAAUUAAGGUUUUAUUUAUUAUGGAAGCCAAAAGAGUGCUAAAAGAAGUAAAUAGUAAUGCUACAGAUCAAAGAUGUGCCACACAAAUGAUUAAGACUCCCAGUCAAAUGUCAGACCUUGAACCUCAGGGUUUGUCAAGAGAAAGGAAAAAGUGGUCACUAGAUGAUUUUGAUAUUGGUAAACCUCUUGGCAAAGGAAAGUUUGGAAAUGUUUAUUUAGCAAGAGAAAAAUCAACAAAGUAUAUUGUUGCUUUAAAAGUGCUGUUUAAAUCCCAGCUUCAAAAAGCAGGCGUAGAACAUCAGUUACGACGAGAAAUAGAAAUACAAGCUCAUUUGAGACAUCCCAAUAUACUGAGAUUGUUUGGUUAUUUUCAUGAUAAAACACGUGUAUAUUUGAUCUUGGAAUAUGCACCGAGAGGAGAAUUGUACAAAGAAUUGAAAAGACAAAACAGAUUUUCAGAAAGUACCUGUGCUACAUAUAUGACUCAGCUGUCAAAUGCUUUGAAGUAUUGUCACAAUAAGAAAGUAAUACACAGAGACAUAAAACCAGAGAAUUUAUUGGUUGGACUAACUGGAGAUGUUAAAAUAGCAGACUUUGGAUGGUCUGUACAUGCACCAUCUUCAAGGAGAACAACACUAUGUGGAACAUUAGAUUACCUACCACCUGAGAUGAUUGAAGGUAGACAUCAUGAUGAAAAAGUAGAUUUGUGGAGUUUAGGCAUUCUGUGUUAUGAAUUUUUGGUGGGAAAUCCUCCAUUUGAAGCCGAGACAAAUACAGAGACUUACAGACGUAUUACUAAAGUGGAUUUACAUUUCCCUUCAUACUGUACAGAUGGUGCUAAAGAUUGUGUCAGAAAGCUUUUACAACAUGACCCAUUCAAAAGACUGUCUCUAGAGGGAAUAUUAGAACAUCCCUGGAUUGCUGCCAAUGCCAAAAAACAUCCAUCUACCUCUGGGAGUUCAUCAACACCUCCAGCUCCAAGUAAACCUGACAAAUCUUGAUGAUGUAAACUCUGUAGUGAUCUAAACCGUCUUUCCACAUAUUUACUUACUAGAUGAAUAAUGAUCAAAAUCUCUGAUGUAAAACUCAAUAUGGUUUUUAUUGUUUUUCAUAUUGAAAUUGUGUAAUGUAAUUACAGAUUGUUUUCUCAUGUGACUAUGGAAAGGACAGAACACUUGUAAGUUCUGAUUCCAGUAUUGUGUAAUAUGUACAGAACUCACAUGUGUUUUCUUAUGUAACUAUGGAUACACCAAAACAUUUGUAAGUUGUACAGAACUCACAUAUGUUUUCUUAUGUAACUAUGGAUACACCAAAACAUUUGUAAGUUGCACAGAACUCACAUGUCCUAUAACAGUGCUCUUUGAAAGGGGAAUGUGUAAUACAUUUUACUUUGCAUUUUGAAAAUUGGUAUGUGUGUACAGGGUUGUCCACAUCUGAUUGCAUUUAUGUAGACGAUGUAUUUUCUUUUUUAAUUAACUUAGUAUAUAGAUGAUAAAAAAUUAUGUCUACACACAAACAUGUAUUGCACAGAUACUACUUUGUACACUUAUUAAAUUUUUUGAUGUGUAUUUUGUGAUUUUUUUUUAAAUGUCUGCAUAUUUAUCUAAUUACUAUGAAUUUAUAGCAUAAGGAUAUAGUAAUAGUUAUAAACCACCAUUUAACUUUAGAAAAAAAAUAUUUUAAAAAAUUUCACAAUAAAGCAUGACUUGGCAAUUUCUUGAUUGUGACCAAAAAAAUGUUUUUAAAGGCCUUAGUAUAUGAAACUGAAUGGCAUAUUCAAGAGGAAUGUAUUUGUAGAAUAAUGUUGAAUUUAACAUUCCCUUUGCAUAUAAAGUGGUAGCCAAUAUUGAAGUUAUAGUGAACACAUAACCCACCAAAAUGUUACAAUGAUGAAUGUAUAGAGUGUAUGUUUAUUUUACUAGAACAUUGUAAGGACAUUUCAAUAUUUAUGUAUAUUAAAUGGACAAAUGUUGAGAGUAUGUUUGGAAUGUAUGUGCUUCUCUUAAUUUAUAGACUUUUAGUAUGAUCUUCACCAUUCUCUGUGGAUUGUUUAAUGACUACAUAUAAUGUAUGAAUAUAUACAGGUUUAAGGAUAGUAUUUUAGGCAUCAGUUUUUUCAAAAAGUAUGAAUAUUAAGUGUCAAAGCAUAUAUAUUGUUUUUAAUGCAAAUAUAUAUAACAAAAGAAAGUGUUGUAGAGAUGAUAAAAGUCCGAUCUAUGUCAUCAUACUUAAAGGAGACCAUCGGCCAGCAGCAAUGUAAUACAUUGUAAUUCAGUUGGAUCAUCUUCAUAUUAUUAACUGAGAUUUGAGUCACUUAAGUUAGUUGUAAAUACAUUCCUCUUUUUUACUGCCGUGCAGUGUAUGAAUUCUGAUUUAAGUCCAGUUGUAAACUCCAUACAGCUGUCAUAAUGUGUAUGCUUUGACCUAUUAAACAAGCAAUUUUAAUACUUGUGUAGAAUAUUUUCAGGUGAUCGAAGAAAGGUAUUGACAAAUAUUGUGACUUGUGUUUUCUAAGUAGUAAAUACAGAAUGUAUGAAAGUUCCUCGUAAUAAAAUUGUGAUAUCAUUA